CAGUGCUGUCGCCAAAUGGAAACAAGUACUACAAUGCCCAGGAUGCAUUUCGUCCGAAUGGACGUUCCGAAAACGGGGUUGAAUACGGCAGGACAAUGGAUGAAAACAUUCCGGUGUAUGAAGUAACUGAUGCGAACACGCGCCUGAUUCAUUUAGGUUCCUUCGGGGACUUGUGGCGAGAAAGGUUACAGAGUUGUGAUUUGACCUUAGCCGCGGACGCCGGGCCUAUACAGGAUAAUAGCUAUGUGGCCCAGGAUCUUGGCUGUACUGAGGAAACUGCUGCAGAACUUCGGCUGAUUUGCGGUGUGGAUGCAUUAAAAUGCAGUGAGAAUGAAGAAGAAGAUCUGGAGAAUAUCCCUGAGGAUAGCAGCCUUCUUACUCUGGGGAUUCGGAAGAAGAUAAUUGAUCGGCGUAAAGAAACGCUCAUUGUUGAACGUGCGUGCAGACAAGAAACCUUCCUUCAUGAGCUGGAAUUUCAUGCUGUAGGAAAAAGACCCGAGGAUGCAGCAGAUAUGGUAGAUGAAGGUGAAUUGGUACUGACUCUGAAUAUUGUGUAUCCAGUCAUUUUCCGAAAGCACAAGGAGUACAAACCUUAUCAAACUAUGUUGGUUCUGGGCAGUCAGAAACUGACUGAGUUGAAGGAUGCCAUUAACUGUGUCAGUGACAUGCAAAUUGGAGGUGAAUUCAGCAACAAUCCAGACCUGGCCCCCGAAAAUAUCUGCAAGGAUCUGUUCAAAUCAGCAUUUUUUUACUUCGAGGGUGUGUUCUACAAUGAUACGAGAUAUCCGGAAUGCAGAGAUAUAAGCAGGACUACUAUUGAAUGGGCAGAAUCCCGUAACAGAGGCUAUGGAAAAUUCCAGUCUACUAAAAUGGAAGACUAUACAUUUAAUGAUCUGCGUUUAAAGAUUGGCUUUCCUUAUCUGUACUGCCAUCAAGGGGACUGUGAGCACAUUAUUACCAUUACAGAUAUAAGACUGAUCCAUCACGAAGACUGCUUGGAUAAGACACUUUACCCAUUACCAAUAAAAAGGCACUGGUUUUGGACAAGAAAGUGCUCUGUAUGUUCUAUGUACACUGCCAGGUGGGUGACGGUUAAUGACGAUCUUGCUCCAGACGAUCCAUGCUUCUUCUGUGACGUUUGCUUCAGAAUGUUGCACUAUGACACGGAUGGUAAUAAACUUGGAGAGUUCCUGGCCCACCCCUAUGUGGACCCUGGAAUCUUCAACUAGAUCUGGGACAGUGUGUUUGGGACCAAGUAUUUAUUAUAUAAGCGGAUGAAAAUCUGUUGCAUUCAAAAGCCAGAAAGCUGAGUGAAGAUCUACCCUAUGUUUUGUGUCAGACCUUAUGUGAAGUCCGUCCCGACAACAGUUAGUUCCCAGUAAUAAAUACAUGGACUGGACAGUUACAUGAACUAAUCGUUUGGAUGAGAACAAUAUAGUUUGACAUUAAAAGCCACUUAUGUAAACAUGGACAUUUUCUUGGGGGGGGAUAUUUUUUUCACAAUGCAAUUAUUUCUUAUGACAAUUGAAUAAAUGUAUUAACUGCUA